CUUCCGGCGACCGGCAUUUUCAGAUAAUCUGUCACUGUCAAUUCCUGUCAUUUUCGGUUUUGUCGGACUUUGCAAAUAUCGAUUGUUAUUUCUCUUUAAAUUUUAAUUUCACUGAUUUACUUUUAACGAAAGAAUUAAUGGCCAUGUCUCUGUUUCCAUUAGAAUCUAAUCCAGAUGUUAUGAAUAAGUUUAUGCACGUUCUCGGAGUUCCAGAAAAGUUUAAAAUUGUUGAUGUUUAUGGUCUUGACGCCGAUACUCUUGCUUGGGUCCCUAGGCCUGUAUAUGCUCUUAUUUUACUAUUUCCUUGUAGCGAAAAGUACUACGAAUACGCCCAACAAGAAAAGGAAAAAUUGACCAAGGAAGGACAGAAACUUAGCCCUAAUAUCUGGUAUAUGAAGCAGAAAGUGUCUAAUGCUUGUGGGACCAUUGCUUUAAUACACAGUAUAGCAAAUAAUGAUGAUAAAAUCCAAUUAUCUGAAGGGGCGUUCAAGAAACUUUUAAGCGAAUCGAAAAAUAUGUCGCCUGAAGAAAGAGGCGAUAUAUUAAUUAAAGCCGAAGAUAUUGCAUUUAAAAUUAUCAACACACAUCAGGAAUUAGCAAUGGAAGGUCAAACUGAAGUAAACCCAGAAGAACAAGUGAAUCACCAUUUCGUAGCUUUAGUAGAAAAAGAUGGCGAACUGUAUGAAUUAGAUGGUAGGAAAGAGUUUCCUAUUGUUCACGGGAAAACAUCCAGAGAUACUUUCCUGGAGGAUGCUGCUAAGGUGUGUAAUGCUUUCAUUGCAAGAGAUUCAGAGGACAUUAAUUUCACCGUGAUGGCCCUUGUGGAAGCCGACUCUUAAAUUACGCCAGAAAAUCUGGAUCAAGCUUGGAAUAUCCUUUAAUUUGCUAUUUUUUCAUGUGCCUUGUUUUUUUUUAAAUUUCGUUAUUUCAAAUACUUGUGAUAUGUGUAAU